AUGAAGGUACUUAUCUCCUUUUUCCGGAGGGUCCGGUCCGUCUUGGUGCUGUGCGGAACGGUCUCGCUGCUGCUAUACUAUACAUUCCAGAACGAAGUAAACACCCUGAACUCAUUUGCCGAGAACGAGUCGCUGCCGCAAAUAAAUAAACAGCUCCCGGUUGUCCCAGAUGCAGCAUCAGUGGCAAAUUUGGACUCACACGGUCUAAAACCUUAUUCAAACGCGAUGCUCGCGGAUCCAGACGAACAACUACGCGAUCCUAAAAAGUUGCUGGAAAAAAACCGGUAUUUUCCCUUGAUGCACAAGCAAAAGGACGUGCUAUCCAUAUAUUCAGAGCUAGAGCUCGAUGAACAGUCUGACUUGGCAGCUUUCAAGCCUCAGUACGCAGCACGGUAUGCCAGCUCGUUCAAAAACCCACUGGCAGCUCAUAAAAUCGCAAAAACGCUGCCGCGACUUCAGUCAGUAGAGUUUUCAGAAAGUGGUGGGUCGAAAGCCAUGGAAGAAAUGGCUUCCGCUGUGAGUGACCAAUUUAUGGCUUCGUGGAAGGCGUAUAGUCAUCUAGCUCUGGGCAGCGAUGUACUCAGACCCCUGUCCAAGAAUCCGGCUUCUAACGGUCUUUCUUGGGCCACAACCAUGUUGGAGUCCCUGGAUAUGCUCUACAUGCUCAACCAGACUGAGGAGAUCUCAAGAGUUUUGACUUUUAUUUCUGCUAUGGACUUUACCCAGUCAAAAGAGCUACUUAUUGACGUGCCCCAGAGCACCAAACGCAUUCUCGGCGCUUUAAUAUCUGCAUACGAGCUUUCGGACUAUCAAGAGACAAUUCUCUUAGCGAAAGCCACAGACCUGGCUGACCUCCUAAUGAGCGCCUUCAACACCCCCAAUCGUAUCCCACUCUUACACUUUCCAUGGAGUUCUAAGCUAAAUAAUCGAUUCCCAUUUCAGGACUCUAAUAUUGGCGAACUGGGAUCUCUUUCUUCCGAGUUUCUGCGUCUUUCGCAGCUGAAGAAAGACGAUCAGUACGUAAAAGCCGUGGAGCAUAUCUACGAGACUGCCUUCAAAUCCUUAGGCCAGUUCGACAUAGAUUAUCUGCUCCCGACUAAUGUUGACGCUACAGGCUGCCUCCUUAUACCCAAAGAAAGGCUAGAACACGGCGAACACGUCAAGACGAAUGUUAUGAAAAGCAUAAUGGAUGGAAAGUAUGUUCAUUGUCUUCAAACAGAGAAAUUUAGACCGGUUGCAGGUCCAAAAAGUCUCUUUUCUGCCCAUAACACGAGUUUACCGUUCUACAGUAACAUGGUAAAAUUCUACCAGCUUCUAAAUGGCGCCGACACAACAACCGACCUACAGCUGUCAAAGUUCAUGGUAAACAGCUUUGAUAGAAUUCGUCAGCUGAUGGUAUUCACCCCAGCUUUGCCUAAUCCAGACCAAGAAGAGCUGUCGUUCGUCAACUCGCUGUCUUCGGUUUCAUAUCACGACGCUCAGCAGAACGAACACGUUGUCAAAAUCAGUCCUGACUAUACUAUGCACCACUCCAGUUGCUCACUGGCUUCUAGUUUUGCACUUAUGGGGAAACUGCUGGAUGAUGACCGAUAUUUGAAUGAGGCCAAGGCCAUCACUAGGGGCUGUGCCCACAUGCACAAGCUGGUAGGAGGCAUGCCUGAAAGCGCACACGUUUCCAGUUGUGUACAGCGGCCUUGCGAUUUUGACAACCCUGAUGAAAAGUACCACAGACUGAAGGCGGAUCAACAAGCACCUGCUGCAGGAAUCAAAUUAGAGAAUGACAAUAACAAAGAAGUACAAUCUUCGGAAAGACCUUCGAAGAUUUACUUCUUUGAAGACGAAGAGCUGACGGACCCGGUUCGCCAUACCAGUUCCUGGUCCACUAAGACCAAUUUACCCAGGUUCAUCGAUGGGUCGAAUCCAAGAUACGAUUUGUCCGCCGAGACUAUUGAAUCAGUGUUCUAUCUGUACAGAAUCACCGGAGAUGACAUUUGGCGUCAGAUUGGAAGAGAAUUGUGGGAGUCGACGCUGCGGGCGGUCAAUCAACCUGCUGCGAAAGGAGUUGGUCAGAUUUCGGCUCUUGAGAAUGUUUUCACCGGUGAGAGGCUAGAUACAUUACCGGCCGACUGGUUUUCUAGAAACUUAAAGUUCUUUUACCUGCUAUUUCAAGACCCACAGCACUACUCUCUCGAUGAUUAUAUCUUCACAUGUGGUGGACAUUUACUCAGAAAACCAUCUGCGCCUCCAGCACAGGCGAAUGCUGAAAGUGGAAUCCCUCUCAGCUCGUUGCUGGAAAAAUUCAAUAUGGAAGCAUCAUCACAUUCUUGA